AACCAGUCCUUUCUCUUUCACGCAUAUAUAAACAAAGCCGUUACCGUUCUUUGUCCAACGCUUAUCGUUUUCUGUGUCUCAGCCGAAGAUAAAAGGCUGUUGUCGUUCCAACACGAUUGUAUUUCUCUCCGAUUGGUUAUUGUCUUCAUCUAUUAAUCUGCAAGAGAUAUGGCUCGUACGAAGCAAACAGCGCGUAAAUCUACGGGAGGAAAGGCCCCAAGGAAACAGCUCGCUACGAAGGCUGCGAGGAAAUCUGCUCCGACGACCGGUGGGGUAAAAAAGCCUCACAGAUAUCGCCCAGGAACAGUCGCCCUUCGAGAAAUUCGGAAGUACCAGAAGAGUACUGAGCUUUUGAUCCGGAAGCUUCCCUUCCAACGUCUGGUUCGUGAGAUUGCCCAGGACUUCAAGACGGAUUUGCGGUUCCAGAGCCAUGCAGUGCUUGCGCUCCAGGAGGCUGCGGAGGCAUAUCUUGUGGGUUUGUUUGAAGACACUAAUUUGUGCGCAAUCCAUGCCAAGAGAGUGACUAUCAUGCCCAAAGAUAUUCAAUUGGCGAGGCGAAUCCGCGGUGAACGAGCUUAGACGUGCAGUGCAGAAGGAAUUAUUAAUAGCGCAUAGGACAUUUUAAUUUAAUUUCCCCUCUUUUUCUGGGCAACAUUCAACAUUUUUCCGUGUUCAGUUUCAUUGCAUAGGCGCUCUGUAUAUAUUACUCAUAUCAGUGCUUCAAUGGCAACUAUAUUUUUGGAAGUCUUUGGAAGUCUCUGUGGUUGCUUUCUUUCUUUUUUGUUCGGAUUCCUUUGAUGGGAUGUUAUGGAAUAAAAACAAGAUUGAAUGUCACCUGGAAUUGAUCUUA